GCUUCAUGCAGCACCAGGUUCUCUAUCACACCAGCCGCAACCGGUCCAGUAAGGCGACGGCGUUUGGCCGGAGUCUUUUCGUACCGCUCCAGAUACAGCAAAGCACGUGAGAUUUGAAGUACUUCGCAAACACGAGGGCAUAUCAUCGGAUUAGGACCAUCGCGCCUUCGGCCGCAGUAUUGCCAUGAUGCAGCAUGCCGCUCAGGACCACCCGCAGAACCUUGAGAUGAACUUACGCGAGCAGCUCCUUGCUGCUGGACCACCGGCUACACACCCUUCGCCAUACCCACCACCGCCUAAUGCCGGCGCAACAGAUCCGAACCUCCCAUACCAUCCAUCUGAUCCGACCAGCCCACACAACCAUCUCGAUCCUAACGUGGCGCAAUCGCAACAACAAGCACCGUAUGCGCCAAUGGGCGGCGAUGCUGGCGACAGUCCAGGCGAGGAUGGAAUGAGCCCUUCAGGUUCGAAAGGAAAGCGUGAGCUAUCACAGAGCAAGAGGGCGGCGCAGAAUCGAGCAGCUCAACGCGCAUUUCGACAACGGAAGGAAGGCUACAUCAAGAAGCUCGAGGAGCAAGUCAAAGAGUUCCAAAACAUGGAGUCGAACUACCGCCAACUCCAGAACGAGAACUACCAGCUACGCGAGUAUAUUCUGAACCUGCAAUCACGGCUACUGGAGAGCUCAUCAGACGUACCACCCGCACCAUCACACAUCAACUUAUCUGGCGGUCGUAGUGCCGCAGAGCCUGCCGUUCCGCACGACCAGCGCUACCAAAUAGAACGGCAACGGCCGGAUGAGAGGCGAAGCGAAGUUCCGGACUCGAUGAGUCAGCUCCAGGCCGCGGCUGCCCAGGCCGAAGCUGCAUCGCGGCAACCACAGCACGAGUCACCGUACGGUUUAGGUGCUGAUUCAAGAGCGUAUAUCGGCCAGCAAGGAGCGAUCGACGGCGAAGGGAAAGCUUCGUCGUAGUAUAGCGCCGACCGCAAAGACUCGUACUGCGCGGAAACACUCCGGAUGGUGGAUUGCUGUCCUGGUAGCAUGGAACGUUUUGCUAUUAUACCCAUGUACAGCGCUUUAACUGGGACGUACGUCCAAGGGGUCGC